UUUCAUAACAGAGUUAUAAAACUUUGGGAAUUAACAGCUGGUUUGAGAAGAAAGGAAUGGAAUGACAUUUCUAAAUAAAACCAUAAACUGAAAUUACUCUUUCGUACUUAUUUCGAUCGCGGGGAAGAUUUCACUACUUCGUUGAGAUUCCUGAUGUCAAAGACGUGCUGUGUGAUAGGGGCGGGGGUAGCUGGCCUGGCGGGUGUCAAGCAGUGCCUAGAAGAGGGGAUCAAACCUGUCUGCUUUGAGAAGGACUUUGAUAUUGGUGGAUUGUGGCACUACAGAGACUAUGCGUCCAAUGACCAGGAACCUAGCCUCUAUAACUCGUGCAGUAUCAACACGAGUAAAGAGAUGACGUGUUAUAGUGACUUCCCAAUACCGAAAGACUUUCCCAACUUCAUGCAUCAUACACACUUCAAGAAAUACCUCGAACUCUAUGCCGAGAACUUUGACUUGAUGAACUAUAUCAAAUUACAGACUGAAGUCAUAAAAGUAGAAAAAGCAGAUAAUUUUGAAGAGACCGGCCAAUGGAUUGUUACCACUAGAGAUUUGAAAAGUAACAAAACAAGUAAAGAAAAGUUUGACUUUGUAAUGAUUGCCAAUGGUCAUCUGACGGAACCUAACAAACCAAGUUUACCAGGACUGGAGAAGUUUAAAGGCAAGGUUCUACAUACGCAUGACUAUAAGGAUUUCAGAGGUUUUGAGAAUCUAAAUGUACUUAUUGUAGGGAUAGGAAAUUCGGCUGCGGAUGUCGGAUGUGAGCUAAGUCGUCAUGCUAAACACGUCUACAUGAGUACACGUCGUGGAACGUACACAAUUCAACGUGCAGCAGACUUCGGAGUUCCAUACGACCAUAUCGCUAUCACGCGCUUCCGGCAGUCGUUAUCAUGGAAACUCAUGAGACCGUACCAUUUCUACAAGUUAAAUCAUCGCUACAGGCACCGAAACUAUGGCCUGUCCCCAAACUUCAAUUUUGAGUCUGCCGGUGUUACCAUAAGUGACGACUUGCCAAAUAGAAUUCUUCUUGGUGCUAUAAGUAUACACAAUGACGUCAAACAUUUUACUGAAGAUGGCGCUGUUUUUGUUGAUGGCACACAGAUCAAGGACAUCGAUGUUGUUGUUUUAGGAACAGGAUAUGUUUAUAGCUUUCCAUUUCUUGAUGAGUCCAUUAUAAAAAGGGAUGGUCACUUUUCGUAUCUUUAUAAGCUGGUUUGGCCAACAGAACUAAACCCAUCUACAUUAGCAGUUAUUGGACUAGUCCAGCCGUUUGGUCCCCUGCCCCCAGUACUUGAAGCUCAAGCAAGAUGGGCCGCACACGUGUUUGCUGGUCGCAGUCAACUGCCAACGAACGCUAAAAGAUUGGACGCUGUAGAGAAAUGGCGGGAAUUUGUGAAACAGAAAUACGUUGACUCACCGAGAUAUACGACGCAAAUAUAUUUCAUUCAAUAUAUAGACGAGGUCGCUAAGUUCAUCGGAUGUAGGCCAAAUCUUUGGAAACUAUUUUUCAAAGAUAUCAAUCUAUGGUCAAAGGUGGUAUUCAACCCCGCAACACCACCGCAGUGGAGACUUGAAGGUCCUGGAAAGUGGGAAGGUGCAAGAAAUGCCAUCAGUCGCGUUGAGGAAAAGACCUGGUACCCAAUGCAAACAAGAAAAGCAGGGGACCAUGAACGAGACGGACUCUACGACGGCUGGAUAGAACUUUUUAAGAAACUUGCUAUCGUAAUUUUAGGGCUAAUACUUAUCAAGUUCUUGUUUUCAAAUGGUUAUCACACGUUGUUCAUUAAAAGCUGAGAGCUAAAUAAAAUGGACAAUUACAUACAUACUAUUUAAUUACAGACAUUACAUACUAGUCUAAAACUUGUAAUGUUAGGAGCAUUACACCCUUACUGCGCUAUAAAGAUUUGUAUUAUAAAUGGUCUCGGAUGUGCCAGCUGAUCUCGGUUUGCAGUGGUUACAUGGAUUAAAUCAAUUGCAGACAGCAGGCCGAAGGGACAUCAUAAUUCAAUUAUUGCCGUUUCUAGCGUGCUCUCAUAUACUUUUUCUUAACUUAGUUACAGUAACCUUCAUCAGGAAUCACAUAUAUAUGUACUUGUAUAGCAUUUUAGAUGAUUUCCCACGGUUUUCUCAAUAUUAAAAAUAAG